CUUCAAUCAAUGACAUCGCAUUGCAGCUUUUGAUUCACUCUCCCCCGCGCGCACACACGACGCCCGCACAUGGCGCCGGCCACCAACGCUAGGAAGCGACACCGCAAUUCGUCGGCCGCCGCCUCCGCCUCCGCCUCCGCCUCCGGCGCCGGCGCUGGUCCCGCCUCCCCCUCCGGCGCCGGCGCCGGCGCCGGUCCCGCCUCCCCCUCCGCCAUCAGGCGCGUCUCCUCCACCUCCUCCUUCACCUCCGGCGCUCCCGCGCCCGCCGCGUCGCCCUCUCCGUCCUUCAACGAUUCUUCCACCGCCGACGUCAUCCUCAGCCUCAACCCCCGGACCUCGCCGCUCGACGCCGGGGAGUCUUCCUCUUCCUCCAGCUUGGACUCGAAACACUCCGAUGCCGUACAGAUCUACCUCCACUCCUCCGUCCUCCACCGUUCCCAAUACUUCGACGCUCUCCUCUCCGGCCGGUGGCAGAGCCGCGAUUCCUCCUCCCCCUCGGCCGACGUCCUCCGCUACAACCUCGCCGUGUCCUGCCCGGUCGACGCGUACGUGACCGUCCUCAGCCUCCUCUACACGGAUGACUUUUCCUUGGCGAUCACCUCCGCUUCCACCGCUCUCGAUCUCCUCCCUAUCGCCCUGGAAUUGCUCUUCGAGGACUGCGUCAAAUCCUGCGUCAAGUUUCUCGAAGCCGUGCCGUGGACCGAGGAGGAAGAAUCCAGGGUCAUGAACCUCACCCCGUUCCUCAAAGACGAGGAAUCGAGCGAACUCCUCGCUAGGGUUUCGCCGGAAAACAAGGAUUCCUGCGAUGAAAUGCUCUUCGGAUUGAUCCAGACCGCGUUCAACAACCAGGCGAACGUGGCCUCCUCCAAGGCCCUCGUCGCGAAGAUCCUGAGGGAGAUCUCCAACCGCGACGUGGCACGGAGAGUUCUCGAGAGAGCGUUCACGGAGUGGCUUAAGGUCGUGAAGGAGUCGUUGGAGGAGUAUUCGAGUCCGGACUUCAGAGAGGAUCAUGACGAGACGGAGGCCAUACAGAGGCUGAACUUGCACAAGGCGACUACGUAUGGGAGGCAUUUGCUGUGGUUGGUGGAGAGGAUGAUCGAGUUGCGAGUGGCGGAGGCCGCAGCCAAGGAGUGGAGUGAGCAGCCAAAUUUCACGGCCGAUUUGCAGAAGGCUUUCAGGGAUGAUUCGUGGAGGUACAUCGUGCCAGGCUUCCCGGCUGUGAUGAUGCGAUGCACAUUGAAGCUUGCUCAAGCGAUUGCUGCCGGCAAUAUCCUGGCUGCUAGGCAGGUCCGGACGAAGCUUGUAGAAGAUUGGCUUCCGGUUGUAAUUGUGUGCAAGGACAGUGGUUUGGCUACGCUUGGCAGUCCAAAGUCUCUGUACUCAGAUCUGGAGGAAACAUUCUUGUCGAUAAUUUCGACGCUGCCCAUGUCUGAUGCGCAGUUGUUACUGCAAAAAUGCCUCAGCUUCUCUACUCGUAGUACCGACGAUUGCCCUCACUUGGUCACAGCCUUCAACACGUGGUUCCGCCGGGCGAGUCGAACCGUACCUCCAGAGAAUCCACGGUAGCAUGCAUGACUAUGGAUCUCGAAAGCAAACGAGACUAGAAAUAACAUGGGAAUUAGCGGAUUCUCGCCGCUCGUGUUGCCAUUGCUGCAAUGUCUUGUGGGUUCGUGUGAUAUAGAUUGUACAUAUUGCUAUGCUGUUCAUAGAGUUGAAUGUGCUUGGUACUUGCGAGACUCGCAUCUUGUUCGGGAAACAGGGCUGAAGUUGGAAUUAAAUGCAGUUUCUCGUGCUUUAUUUGUU